UCAUUCCGCCUUGGCACAGUUUCAAGUGGACUUCGAUUCUCUCCAGCCCGUUGCAAUGUUCAAUAUAAAGUUAAUCAUCCUGGUUGCCCUGACCAUCUCCAUGGUCCAGAGCUGUUUCGUUGAAGAGCCGGAACAGGUCCAGUGCGGGUGUAGGUGUGGCAAGUCUCAGUCCCUCUCGUGCGGAUCCAAAUCCUGCGGAUGUGGCUGCAAGCCCUGUCGAUGUGCUUCCUCCUGCGGGUGUGGCUGCAAGGAUUAAUCCAGGACUCCAGGACCCCUUGACGACUUCACCAUUAGAAAACCUUGGUUUUUCAAAUUAUUUGUUUUUCCUUUUCAUUAAAGUACUGCUACAUUUUGCAAA